AUGCCACUGCACGCCGCGAGCGCCGGCGGCGUGCUGGCCUACGCUGCCCUCGCGCUCGCGGCGCUGCGGCUGCUGCUGUCCUACAAGUCGGCGCUCUACGCGCUGCGCCGCCUGUGGCGGUGCGCCGACGAGUGGGCGCAGGCGUACCAGUACCACGUGGUGCCACGCUUCGCCGCAUGCGACGGCGCCGAGAACCCGCUGUUCCGCAAGUCCACCGCGUACGUGGCGUCGCUGCCGUCGCUGGAGGACGCAGACGCCGCGUGCGUGGUGUCGUCGGCGUCCCGGACCAACGGCGGGCUCACAUUCCAGCUCGGCCCAGGCCACACCGCGCGGGACGCUUUCCUCGGCGCGCGGCUCGCGUGGACCAGCGCGGGCGGCGCCGGCGAUGCCGGCGGCGGACCCGAGCGCCUAGUGCUGCGCGUGCGCCGCCACGACCGCUCCCGCGUGCUGCGACCUUACCUGCAGCACGUGGAGUCCGUGGCCGACGAGAUGGAGCAGCGCCGGCGCGAGCUGCGGCUCUUCGCCAACGCCGGCACCGACGCGGCCACGGGCGCGCCGCGCUGGGCGUCGGCGCCCUUCACCCACCCGGCCACGCUCGACGACGUAGCCAUGGACCCGGAUCUCAAGGCCCGCGUCCGCGCCGACCUCGAGAGCUUCCUCAAGGGCCGCGCCUACUACCACCGCCUCGGCCGCGUCUGGCGCCGGAGCUACCUCCUAUACGGCCCGCCGGGCACCGGCAAGUCCACGUUCGCGGCGGCCAUGGCCAGGUUCCUGGGCUACGACGUCUACGACGUCGACCUGUCCCGCGCCGCCGCCGCCGGCGACGACCUCCGCGCGCUGCUCCUGCACGCCACCCCGCGCUCGCUCGUCCUCGUCGAGGACCUGGACCGGUACCUGCAGGGCGGCGGCGGGGGUGGCGACGGGGAGGCGCGCGCGGCCAGGGUGCUGAGCUUCAUGGACGGCGUCGCGUCGUGCUGCGGCGAGGAGCGCAUCAUGGUGUUCACCAUGCGCGGGGGCAAGGACGCCGUCGACGCCGCGGUGCUGCGCCCCGGCCGGCUGGACGUGCACAUCCAGUUCACGCUCUGCGACUUCGAGGCCUUCAAGGCGCUGGCCAGCAACUACCUCGGGCUCAAGGACCACAAGCUGUACCCGCAGGUGGAGGAGGGGUUCCACGCCGCCGGCGCCCGCCUCAGCCCCGCCGAGGUCGGCGAGAUCAUGCUGGCCAACCGCGCGUCCCCGAGCCGCGCGCUCCGCAGCGUGAUCACCAAGCUCCAGCACGUCGCGUCCGGGGGCGCCGCGCCGCCGCGGAACCCGUCGCACAGGCGGAACACGAGCUGGUCCGGCGCCGGGCACCAGUGGGAGGACCAGGCCCAUUCGGCGCGCGCCAGCGCGGACUCCGCGCAGGCCGACGACGAGACGGCCGCCGGGGUCCCGCCGACGUGCGGGGUGUUCGGCAAGGAGGCGCCGAUGAGGGAGUUCAAGAAGCUGUACGGGCUGAUCAAGAUCAGGAGCCGGAGGGAGGGCUCCGGCGUCGUGCCACUGGAAGGCGACGCGCACGGGCCGCCGACGCCGGGCAACCACGACAGGGAGCGGUGA